AUGUACCAAUGUAAUUCACACCUCAACAUCACGUCGGAACAUCGCACAUCAAACAGUCGCAUCAUGUCCUCCACUAUGACCCAACCACCGCCACCUCCGCAAUGGGUGCUUGACCUCAACUCCAACCCGACCACCAAGCCCAAGAAUCCCUCCAUCCCAGACCCGCCAGGCUACACCCCCGCCCUCACCCGCAAAGAGCGUGCCAUAUCAGCCAAACAGUCCGCUCGCAAGCAGCCCACCUCGGAAGAGACCGACACGCUCAAGAUCAAGAAGGCCUGGGAGCUAGCCAUCGCUCCGGCCAAGCAGCUACCCAUGAACGCCAUCGGCAUGUACAUGACGGGCAACACGCUCCAAAUCUUCUCCAUCUUCAUGGUCUUUACUCUCUUCAAAACCCCCAUUAUGGCCGUCCUCAACCUUCAAAAGACUUUUGCCCCCUUCGAAAACCGCGAAACCUCGAACCGCCUCAUCGCCGUUAAACUUACAUACAUUCUCACAAACAUGCUCAUGCUGGCCCUCGGUAUAUGGAAAGUCAAUGCCAUGGGGUUACUGCCAACAACGAGAUCGGACUGGCUCGCCUGGGAAGCAGAGAGGAACUGGUCCGAGAGAGCAGUACCCCGGGAAUGGCUGUGA